AUGAAGCUCUCCAUCGUCGCCGUCGCCUCUGGCCUUGCCCUCAUCAACGGCGCCAACGCUGCCAUCUCUAUCCUCUUCCCUUACUCGGGAAGUGUGUGGUACUCGAACGACACCGUUGCGCUCAACUGGACCGCCGCCGCGACCGACGCCACCGAGUUUUCCGUUCAGCUCUCGAACAAGGACACCGCCCUUCUCGCCAGCGCCCAGCAGCUCGCUGACCAGGUCUACACCGCCAACGAGUUUGUCCACCUCCUCCUCCCCCAGAUCCAGUACGGCGACGGCUACAUCGUUUCCAUCACCAACCGUACCAACACCUCGGACGUCUUCGCCGUCUCGCAGUCGUUCAAGAUUGAGGCCGGCACCCCCUCUACCACCACCAACACUGCCAGCGUCGCCAGCGCUUCCGCCACCACCGGCUCGGCCUACAUCCCCAACGCGGUCACCACCACCACUUCGUCGAACCCCUUCUCCUCGACCACUGCCGCUGCCAAGAGCUCCGCUGGCCGCACCACCCCUGCCGCUGCCGCCCUCGCUGUCCUCGGCGUUGUCGGUGCCGCUCUUGCCCUCUAA